CUUAGAUAAUUCGAGUUAACCAAUCAAUAUUUACAUGUACGUGUCGUGUUGUGAUAGACUGCGAAUAAAAUCAAUGUGAUUUAAUCAAUCUCUCUGAGAUUUAAAUAUUACUGAGAAAACAAGGCGGUCGUUAUUGUGGAGCUUUGUUAACAACGCACUACCAGAAUAGUAACAUUCAAUUUUCUUUUGAUAGGUACAAUCGAUUUACAUUUUACAGUAUGGCAUAUGAAGAAGACAAUUUUAAAGCUUGUCUCAAAUGUGGACCAGUGUGUUCAGGUUUUUCGAAACACCCAUGGAGAAUGACAUGCACAAAAUGUCGUUGCACUUAUGAUGAACAUGAUAUCACAGAUAUAUCAAGUCAGAUAAUAUUAGAUGAAUUGGAUUUCAGUCAAUCACCAUUGUAUAACGAAUAUAUAGAAGCACAAAAGCUAGCUAAGCAAUUCGGCGUACAUUGGUUACCUAUCGGUCUUCAUCCAGCUGAAGUGGAUAGCUUUCUCAGUAGUCUACCUGCGUCUGAAAUACCACGUGGUGAAGCUGCACAUCGAUUAAGGCGUCGACGUCUUAGAAAACAAAUUCCUCCACAGGAUCGUAGACCAGCUGCUGCAAUUGAAGAAUCUUGGCAAAACCGAGCUAACUGCCAAAUUCCAGAUGCAAACCACAGUUUGGAAAGUGAAUUGCGUGAAGCAAAUCGUUUCAGAAAUUCACGUAAUCGUCGUGAUUUUGGUGUGGGUACAGUUGAACAUAUGAAUCAGAAUGUAGGACAACCAUGUGCAGAUUGUUUGAAUGUGAUACGUUUUGGUGAGUUUUGUAUCCGAGUAAGACCUGAACACCGUGCUGUUGAAGCUGUGUCGACGACACCGUCUAGUGAUACCUGUGAACUGGCACCAGCGUGGCAUUUAUGCUGUUUUAGAUGUGCAACAUGUGCUGAACAGCUAGUCGAUCAUUGUUAUGCUUGGUCAAACGGCCGUCCCUAUUGUUUACGACACUAUGGUCAACUUAUCCGACCACGUUGUGCAACAUGUGACUACCUUAUUUUCUCAGAAGAGUAUACACGAGCAAUGGAUCAAGAACAUCAUACUGGCCAUUUCGCCUGUCGCAGUUGCGAUGCCUCAUUAACAGGACAACGUUAUAUACUGCGUGACGAUGAACCUCAUUGUUUGGGCUGUUAUGAGGCCAAGUUUGCAAAUACCUGUGAGCAGUGCAAAGAGAAAAUUGGCUGUGAUUCCAAGGGCGGUCUAAAACCGGAGGUUGGGAUCACUUCACUUGUCCGUGAUUUGUCGGAGCCUACACGGAAUGCAGUCUAUACAUCUUCUGCCCAAUCAAAUGUUAGAUUUCAUCCAAGUUGUCCAAUGCCGUAUAUUUUGGGUCCUGGUUGUAGUGUUGGACAAGCCUGGCAAUGUGAUACAAUCAAGGACCUUUCAUUCAAAGAACGACAUUGGCAUGAAAAAUGCUUCAAGUGUUCUUCUUGCGCAACUUCAUUAGCAGAUCGACCUUUUGCAACCAAAGAAGAGCAACUUUAUUGCUCUGACUGUUAUGAUGAGCGUUUUGCUGCCAGAUGGAUGGUUGUCAAGGUGUAUUUAAAGCGGGAUGCGGAAAUACGAUAUCGUGGGCAACAAUGGCACGAGGAAUGCUUCUUGUGUGUAGAGUGCAAGCAACCAAUUGGCGCAAAAAGCUUUAUUCCUCGAGAAAAUCAAGUAGUCUGUGUACCGUGUUAUGAAGCUAAUAUGCCAGCGCUGUACUAAGUGUACUGAGGUUAGCUCUGAUUUUUAUUUUCUGUGGCCUGUUGUAAAUAUUACUGCUAUUUUUCGAGAUAGAGAAAAUAAAAUCAGUUAGUUUAUUAUGGUUGCCUUAAGUUAUCCGAAAGAUCUAAAAAUGCUGGUUAUCCCUCAAGUUGAUUUGCUAUAGUUUUUUUUUGUACAAUACAGUAUGCAACUUAGAUCUGAUUGCCUGCACAUAACAGUUAUAUGCAUAUAUUCUCAUUAUGCAUUCAAUGAAAUGCCAUAUAACUCGAUGACUGCAUGCAGUUUCAUGCACUAAGUCGUGUAUCGUAUGAGAACUUAUGUCGUUAUGUGAUAACUUUAAUCUCUGGAUAGAGCGGACCAAUGAGCCAGUCCUACUAAUUCAUCAUGCGGUAAUUAGGGUGAUGUAGAGUCGGUAAAGAUGUUACAUAGUCUUAAGCUGCCACACUUUGUAAAGACAACGUCGUAUCCACAUGUAUUUACUAACUUCAUGCUGAUUUGGAUAGAUGAUGGACUAACUUCAUUCACAAUUACUAUCAACAUUUCACCCGUAUGUUACACUAGUUGUAUGGGGGUUUAUGAAACUACCUGGUCACCUAGAUCGUAGUAGUUGGAAUACCCUUCCGACUUGAGACCUAUUGCUUGAAAACCGAAUGCUAAAACCAAUGAGCCACAUCACUAAAUUACUUAUUUAUGAAAAUGAUAUCAGGAAAAAUGUCAGUUCAACGAAGUCAGUGGAUGAGUAGUUGAGAUCAACUAUACAAAUAGCUUAUUUGUAUCUCGUUGCACCCAGGUUUUCAUUUUAAAAACAACUACCAUCCUCUUACGACUUAUGGAGG